AUGAAUCUCUGGCCCUCAGCCGGUCUUUGCAAUGGAUCGACUGGAACAGUGAUCGACAUAAUAUAUGCACCUAAUCACACCCCUCCUAGUUUACCAAUUGCUGUAAUUGUUAGAUUCGAUGAUUAUAUUGGGCCAUCAUUUUUCAAUAGAGAAUCAUUUGUUCCUAUCACACCAGUUACUGCAGCUAUUAACAUUGGCAAAACUAUCCAUGAACGACAGCAAUUACCAUUGACUCUAGCUUGGGCAUUAACUAUUCAUAAGAGUCAAGGAAUGACUUUGGAUUACGCAUGGGUUGAUAUAGGUAAAAAGGAAUUAACAAUUGGGAUGACAUAUGUUGCCAUAAGCCGAGUUCGUAAUCUAUCUUCCUUAAUAAUUGAACCCAUCACAUUUGACCGACUUACUUCUAUAAAACAAUUAGAAGCACUGAAAUACAGAGUUAAAGAAGAGGAAAGACUCAAGAAAAUUGCCAGAAAAACAUGCCUACUAACUCCUUAA